AUGGGAUGUCUCCAUUAUUAUUCGCGUUUCAUCCCGAACUUCGCCAACAAAGCUCAACCGCUGUUCGCUGCUCAGUCGACUGCAGAAUGGAAAUGGACUGCCGGUUGUGAAGAAAUUCUGCGUAAAAUCAUUCAGAUGAUAGCUGACCGACCAGUACUCACCUCGUUCUCUCCGAAAAAACAUCCAACUUUGAUCACCGAUGCAUCAGGUGUUGGCAUUGGUAGCGUCCUCAAACAGGACGGAUGA